AUGUCGAUGCGUUUCUGCAGAUCCCUCUCUACCUUAAUCCCACCAAAGAUUGCAUCCGCCAAGAAUCUAUCAUCCACCCCUGGAGCAACUAGAAUUUCCAAUGUCAUUGGGUUUUACAAAAACUUACCUCAAGGCCCAAGACCAGCCACUACUGCCAAAGACAUCAGCAGUUUCAACUUGUACAAGAAAUAUAAGUAUAGAUACUUUGAUGGGGACAACGCCAGUGCUAUGCCAAUUUUGCACAUAACUGGUGCUAUUUUCUUAUUGGGUUACUCGAUGGAUUACUUCUUCCAUCUAAGACAUCUAAAGGAAGGAGGACACGAGGAGUAA